GCCACCCACCAGCCCCCUCCUUUCCCCGCACGAGCUUCUCCCCUGCAUCAGCGGGCGGCAAGCUCGAGCGGCAGGUACGCCGCCUCCGCCGCGGCAGCGACGGACAACGGCACGGCGAAGCCGUUCACGGCUCACUACUUCCAGCAGGAGCUGGACCACUUCACCUUCACGCCCAACGCCUCCGCCCUCUUCUCCCACAAGUACCUCCUCAACGACACCUUCUGGCGGCGGAAGCCCACCGCCGGCCCGCUGUUCGUGUACAUGGGCAACGAGGGCGACAUCGAGUGGUUCGCCACCAACACCGGCUUCAUGUUCGACAUCGCGCCCCAGUUCGGCGCCCUCCUCGUCUUCAUCGAGCAUCGUUUCUACGGGGAGUCGAAGCCGUUCGGGAACGACUCGUACAAGUCGGCCGACACGCUGGGCUACCUGACGUCCACGCAGGCGCUGGCCGACUUCGCCGUCCUCAUCACCAGCCUCAAGCAUAACCUCUCCGCCGUCGACGCCCCGGUCGUCGUCUUCGGCGGCUCCUACGGCGGCAUGCUGGCAUCAUGGUUCAGGCUCAAGUACCCCCACGUCGCCAUGGGAGCUCUGGCGUCCUCUGCACCCAUCCUGCAGUUCGAGGACAUCACCCCGUGGUCUAGCUUCUACGACGCCGUCUCGCAGGACUUCAAGUCCGAGAGCCUGAAUUGCUUCAGUGUCAUCAAGGCGGUCUGGGAUAUGCUUGAUGACAGGGGAUCCAGCGACACAGGCCUCUUGGAGCUCAGCAAAACAUUCAGGGCCUGCAAGACCGUGCGCUUCCCUAGUUCGCUGUCCAACUGGCUAUGGACGGCAUUCACAUACACAGCCAUGGUGGACUAUCCAACUCCAGCCAAUUUCAUGAUGAAUCUGCCUGCUUACCCUGUCAAGGAGGUUAGCCACUUGUAACC